AUGUUGCGACCAGCCACUCCUCUGUCGAUACUGCUCUUUGGGGCUUUCGCCUUGAUAUUACUGGCGGUUCUUUCAGCCCCGAUUAUCAGCGCGAUUCCCCUUGGCAGUUUGGGCGGUGUUAACUUUGGUGUAUUUGGGUUUUGUGGCGCCGAUGGUUGCACCGACAUAACAAUCGGAUAUGAUCCGACUGGGCUUCUGAAUACCGACGAGUCCAGAUUCGAUCUGCCCACGUCGGUUCGGAAUUCUUUAACCACUAUUCUCAUAGUGCAUCCUAUUGCAGCCUUUCUGACCCUUGCCUGCUUUAUCAUGGCCGCUGCUGCCCACCUUCAUUCUGCCUCUCACUCCACUCGUUAUCUUCUCGGCAUCUUCAUUCUUAUUCUCAUCGACUUUCUUGUGUGCUUGCUUGCCUUCCUUGUCGAUGUGUUGGUCUUCAUACCUCACCUCGCCUGGGGUUCUUACAUUGUGCUUGCCGCCACAAUUAUGGUCGCUCUUAGUGGCAUCUUCGCAUGCGCAAUGCGACGAACUCUCAUUAGCCGGAAAGCCAGGCAGAACAGGGUCGCUCAAAAUGCCGAGAUGAGCGGUGAGAAUUAUUAUAAUCGUGAAGCACAGAAACAGGCCCUUGCUCUCGCGCGUCAGCCUACUAUGCCCAUCCUUAGCGGGGCUAACGGCACUGGCGAUGCGCUCCCCGCCUUCGCAUCUUUUGAGAACCAGCAGAAGGAGGACAAGGUUAGUGACGAGCGAAUACCCCUGACUCAACGAAGCCCUACCCAGCCAUCGCCGAAUCCUAUGGGCUCCGGGUCCACGAGUCCGCCUUUGGGGGAGCCCAUGAGGUCCAAUUCGGUGCCACCCAUGCAGCAGGAUCAGUAUGGAAACCCUAUGGGCCCAUCGCCCGACGACUAUGCUCUCCGGCGCGGCCCGUCUUUCGAUCAAUUGAGCGCCAGAGGUCGUGGCGGUAUGCCGCCGCCAGGAUAUCGUGGCCGUGGUGGGUAUGGUAGAGGAGGCUACGGGCCUCCACGUGGGGGCUAUGGACCACCUGGGAGGGGUGGAUACGGACCCCCAAGGGGAGGCGGUUAUGGCCCGCCUCCGCGGGGAGGUCCUGGUGGCAUGAUGCGAGGGGGCGGCCGGGUCCCCUACCAGAACAUGAACAAUGGCGGCCCUUACGACCGACGUCCGUCCCCAGCAGAUGCCUAUGGCCCGUAUGGCCGGGGGCCUAACGACCAAUAUGGUUCCAGUACCACGAUCCCCUCUAGCACUGGAUACGAUUCCUAUAAUUCCGAUCGCAACACGCUGCCUCGUGCCGAAUCACCUCCUCCUUUGCCUGAAGGAACUGGCACUCCACUAGCUGAGAUGGACGCCAGCCCCGCAGGCCCCACGGGCAAUUAUGCCCAGCCCCAGGCCCCAAUUAGAGAUGGCGAUACGGACGUCGCAGGGAUGGUGGGACUGCAACAGGCCAGAGCGGGAAGUGCGAGGCCAACUGACUCAUACGUCAGUGAGGGUAGCAAGUACAGCGCUGAAGAUGCCCAAGGGCAGUACGUGCCACCUCGCGCGGCUUGGAACCAAGGCGCCGGCCCAGGCCGACAUUCCCCAAGUGUACCGUCUCCUCUUGGUGUCCGCCGACCCGAACCUCAGGGCCGCAGUACCCCAGACCAGGGCGCCGCCUAUUACGAAGAUGUGGACCCUCGGUAUGCGGCAGAUCCGAACGCGCGACCGGCGCCGCAACCUCAAUGGGCGCAAGGUUCUCCUGGGGGCUACGGACGACCAACCCCGCAAGCUAGCAACCCCGAUUUCCAAAAUAGGCGCCCGCAGCCUGGGCGAAGUCCGCCGCCGGGCUUGACGCCAGCCAGGUCCUAUCCUGCAUUUUAA